AUGAACAAGAAAUCGCAUAAGAAGAAGCACAAGAAACGUGGGAAACAAGAAGUGAAAAACAAGGAAAACGUAGAAAAUGCUCUCGCGAGUGAUGUGGAUGCCGAGAAGGAUGCAGCUGUAAAAGAAAAUAAAUUAUGUUACGAAAUAAAACAUUCGGAUGUUAUGGGACGGUAUGUGAUGGCAAGUCGCGAUAUUAAAGCUGGAGAGGUGAUAGUAGAGGUCCCAGCGCUGGCCGUGGGGCCUUGCAGCGGUUGUGCCCUAAUAUGCCUCGGUUGCUACAGGGAGCUGGAUGAAAGUAAUUUAGUAAAAUGUCCCGGUUGUAACUGGCCGCUGUGCGCCACCUCUUGCUCAGGUCUUGGCAAGUACACAGGUCAUUCGAACUACGAGUGUGAAGCUUUGAAGAACUCUUCCCCAAGUUAUAACAACCUUGAGGAAUUGAAGGAGUACUACCACGCCCUUAUGCCCUUGAGGCAGAUGUCUCCUUUUAAAAACGGCCGACCAAGAGAAGUGGACCGCCAUUAUCGAUUAAAGAAAUGGGGGUUUCACUUCGAUGAAAAGGACAUACAUACUGUGUGCGGAAUAUUGGAGGUAAAUGCCUUUGAAGUGGGUGGAAGUGGCGCCAACGCCCGUGCCCUAUAUGACGCUGCGUUCCUGCUAGCCCAUGACUGUACCCCUACGACCACUCAUACCGACUCCGAGAAAGCUCCCGGCAGACCACUAACUGUUCGAGCCUCUAUUUCACAUAAAGCUGGGGAUGUCAUAUCGUUGUGUUAUGCUUAUACGCUUCAGGGCACCUUAAAACGACGGGAACACAUACUCCUCAGCAAGUUCUUCGAGUGCUCCUGCAAGCGUUGUUCAGACCCGACAGAGCUAGGGACGUACGCCAGUGCCUUCCGUUGUCCGAAGUGCGCUGGUCGGAUCCUCUCUACAGCACCACUAGAGCCACUUGCUCCUUGGCGCUGUACAGACAAUGGUUGUUUUUAUACGAUGACUUCCGGUGGAGUUCAGGCUAUGCUUAAGAGAUUAACAGACGAAUUCGAGCAAAUAGACGCGAAUGACGUAGACGGCUUCGAGAAGUUUCUUCACAAAUAUCGCAACGUGCUUCACGAUAAUCACUACCUCUGUCUGUCGGCGCUGCACUCCCUCAGCCAGUUGUACGGCAAAAUCGCCGGCUACAUGAUCCACGAGAUGCCGGAGGAACAGCUGCACAGGAAGAUCGACAUCUGUCGUGAUCUCAUGAAGGUCUUUGACGUGAUAGAACCGGGGUAUUCCCGGUUGAGAGGUAUAACAUUGUAUGAACUCCACGCCCCUCUGAUGGUGCUCACAACAAGAGAUUUUGAAAGGAAAGCUAUUUCCAAAGACAGCCUUAGGAAUAGGUUAAAAGAGAUUGUAAGCUACUUAACAGAAUCCGCCCUUAUACUUGGAUUCGAACCAAAGCAGUCCCCUGAAGGCCUAAUGGCGACUGCAGCUAAGGACGCCCUUAAGAAGAUCAAGACCUGGGAACAGAUUAUAGGGAAAAUUUCUUAA